AUGCAGCUGUUCAUCAUCGCCACCGCCUUCUUCGGCUUAGCCGCAGCUGCCUUCUCGUCCUACCCCGAACGCCCUCAAGCCGCCUACGAAAGAAAUGCUCGCAUCCUCUCAUACGAUUCUGAUUUAAAGGAUGACUCUUACAGAUUCAGUUAUGAAACCGAAAAUGGUAUCAAAGCUCAGGAAGAAGGGCGUGAGGUUAAUGGUAUCGAAGCCCAGGGUGGUUUCCAAUACACUGGUGAUGAUGGCCAGAUCUACUCCAUAACCUACAGUAGCGGCCAAGAAGGAUUUCAAGCUCAGGGUGCACACUUGCCCACUCCUCCCCCAAUUCCUGAAGCCAUCUUGAAGGCUCUAGAACAAAAUGCUCGUGAUGAAGCCGCCGGUAUCAUCGAUGAUGGUUCAUACAACCCCGGCAAAUAUGGUACUGGUGCUGCGUAUACCCCUCAACAGAACUACGCUCGUGCUCAAGCCACAGCUAACUUCCGUCAACCCUACAAAUUC